AUGUCUUCCUUCAAGGCCAUCCUUGCCCUCGGGCUCAUGACCACUGCUCAGCUCGUUGCUGGCCACGGCGCCAUCAUCAAGGCUGUCGGUGAUGCCGGCGGCUCUGGUUCCGCUCUUGGUGUCGACUCCUCGACUCCCCGUGAUGGCACACGCCGAAACCCAUUCCAGCAAGACUCUACCCGCUUCAAGGGUGACCAGGCCGACACCUUUGGCGAGACCGUCGGAGCGGGUAACAAUGACCUGGAGACUGGCACAAAGGCCAUCAUGACCGAGUCUGGCGACCAGCUUCCCCAGGUGUCCCAGGGCGGCGAGCUCACCAUGACUCUGCACCAGGUCAACGCUGACGGUGGCGGUCCCUACACUUGCAUGAUGAACUCGGACGGAACUGGCGCCGACUGGACCGACAUCCAGGUCACCCAGUCUCCUCCCGGCCAGAACUCGCGAUUCCGUGACGGUGCCAUGACCGACUUCCCCAUGAAGGCUGCCAUUCCUGCCGAUGCCUCCUGCACAGGCACCGUCGCUGGACAGGACAAUGUCUGCCUGGUCCGUUGCCAGAACGCCGCUCGUGCCGGUCCCUUUGGUGGUGUCGUCCCCGUUCAGAUGGCCAACACUACUACUCCUGCUCAGGCUCGCCGGGCUCUUGCCAUGGCUGUCAAGCGAUCCGAGGAGGAGCUCCUCAGCAUGAAGAAGCGUGCUUCCAGCUUCAAGGAUCUUUCCCCCGAGGAGAUUGACGAGCUCCGCGAGGAUGGUGAGAUUGAGUAA